AUGCCGCCGUUGAGACAAGAAGGCUCCCUCCUCAACGAAGCCUCGCUAAGAGAUCUGGCGGAGGUCGCGGAAGGCCAUAGGCAACAGCCGCAUCACGACUUCUCGCCCAAACACGACGCCGACCGGUGGCGGGCUCUCUUGGUGGCCGCCGCCGAGCAGGACGUCUACACCACCGCCAACUUGGCGUUGCGACGCAUCAGCGAACUGAAGGCUCAGCACCCGUCCCUGUUUGCUCAGCUCACCUGUGUCGGCUCUGAGGUGAUCGAGUCGCAACGGCUGGAUCACGGGCCACUGCUGUCGUACUACAUCGUGGGCGGGCGGGAGGAAGGUGGUGAUUCGCUCCAAACAGGCCGUCGCCCCUUCCUGCCGGCCAAGGUGGGCAUCGACACUGGUCUGUCGUCCGCGUGCUUUCCCGCCAACUUCCUCGCACUGCCCGUGCGCUACGAAGCGCCCGCCGUGAUCUCAGCCCGACGCAUCCUGCCCCUCCACGAACGGGACAUCAACGUCGAAGAGGUCGCCACCCAAAAGUCGGGUUCGACCCAGUGGCGCGUGGUGAGCGCGGAGGAAGAGAUGACCCGAGUGACGUUCAAUGUGUCGGCAUUCGUGCUGAGCGUGGUGGAGCUGCCCAGCGGUCAGUACCUCGUGGCAGUCUAUGGGCGGAGUGCCGACGCGCCCGACCACAUCGUCGAACGAAACGUGCAAGUGCUGCUGGCCGAUCAGCGCGGCGACAAGCACCAGGUCGUGGUCUCUUCGUCAUCGUCGUCGCCGCCCUCGAAGAAGCGAGCGGCACCCGUCUACCGCGGCAGGAGGGGUGCCGACCCGAACUCCCGUACGCUAAUGAGCUACAACAUCUGGAACUACAACGCCGACUGGCAGGAGAGGAAACGCCUGAUCGCGCAGUUUAUUAGCAAGCAGCAGCCAGACAUUGUGGGCGUGCAGGAGAUCCGGUACAAGUACUCCGGCGGUCCCGACCAGCUGACGGACCUUGUCAACGAACUGCAGCUUCUCAACCAGACCUACAAUCACGUCUAUCAGCCUGCCAUGUACUACGACAACGAGGCACGUUUUUCGCUCUCUCUUCUCUCUCUCCAUCGAGGUGAUCGUCGAUUGCGAAAGCUAAUACGCGCCGCCGAGGGUGUGGGCGUGCUUUCGCGAGUGCCCAUCGCCAUCCACGAAUACAUCAACCUCACCUUUGUUCCUGGCACUACCGACGGCAAUCGGCGAAUCGUUCUACGCACUCUGCUGAUGGACGCGAACAACGCGCCCUUCAACUUCUUCGUCUCCCACUUCACCUACGCCAUCGGCGAGGGCCAGAUGAGCAACGCUUUCGAACUUUUCAACUUCAUGAGGCGGCAGCGGCCAGACGUUCCUCAGAGCGUGGUCGCCGAUUUCAACAUCUACGUUGGACAUGAGGAACCGACCAACUUCCUCACUGGCAAGCUCUCUUACCGAGGCGUCAAGGGUGAUCUCAAGGAUGUGUGGCUUGAUGCCCACGGUACCUCAGAGCCGGGCUACACAUUCAGCAAUCUGCCCUGGUCGUCGGGUCUCAUCAAUAGGGCCGACCGAAUCCUGGUCCGCAACAUGCCCUACAUCCUUUCGCAGCCCAAUACAACCGUCACCACUGGCCGCGUCACGCCCGGCGCCAACCCGGCGUCCGACCACCUGGCCGUGGCGUCUCACGUUUCGUAUGUCACUAACAACACAUGGACGCGACCGUAG